GCGGAGGCCGAGCGCGGAGGGCCUGAGCGGCGGCGCCGGGCCCCGACAUGGCCGCGGAGGGCGGCGGACCCGGCGGCCGCAGCACCGUGUACGUGUUCGACCGGCGCGGGGAGCGCUCGGAGCCCGGCGAGCGGCCGCUGCAGCUGGAGGAGCGCUCGGGCUUCGCGGGCUUCCGCGCGGCGCUGCGCCAGACACUUGGCAUUUCACCUGAAGAGAAAUUUGUUAUUACGACAACAAGUAGGAAAGAAAUUACCUGUGACAAUUUUGAAGAAACUGUUAAAGAUGGAGUAACUCUGUACCUGCUCCAGUCAGUCGAUCAGCUACUACUGUCAGCCACAAAAGAAAGAAUCGACUUCCUGCCUCACUAUGACACACUGGUUAAAAGCGGCAUGUAUGAGUAUUAUGCCAGCGAAGGACAAAACCCUUUGCCAUUUGCUCUUGCAGAAUUAAUUGAUAACUCAUUGUCCGCCACGUCUCGUAACACUGGCAUUAGGAGAAUACAGAUCAAACUGCUUUUUGACGAAAUACAAGGAAAGCCUGCUGUUGCAGUGAUAGAUAAUGGGAGAGGAAUGACCUCUAAGCAGCUUAACAACUGGGCCGUGUAUAGAUUGUCAAAAUUUACAAGGCAAGGUGACUUUGAAAGUGACCAUUCGGGAUAUGUGCGUCCAGUGCCGGUGCCGCGUAGUCUGAAUAGUGACAUUUCCUACUUUGGUGUCGGGGGCAAGCAAGCUGUUUUCUUUGUUGGACAGUCUGCCAGAAUGAUAAGCAAGCCUACAGAUUCCCAAGAUGUUCACGAGCUUGUACUUUCUAAAGAAGAUUUUGAGAAGAAGGAAAAGAACAAAGAAGCCAUAUACAGCGGCUAUAUCAGAAACAGGAAGCCUUCUGAUUCUGUUCACAUUACAAAUGACGAUGAAAGAUUUCUACAUCAUCUUAUCUUGGAGGAGAAGGAGAAAGACAGCUUUACUGCUGUCAUCAUCACAGGGGUUCAGCCAGAGCACAUCCAGUACUUGAGGAAUUAUUUCCAUCUUUGGACAAGACAGUUAGCGCAUAUUUAUCAUUAUUAUAUUCAUGGUCCAAAAGGAAACGAAAAACGGACAUUAAAAGAAGCUGGACCUUUCAACAACAUUGAUAUUGAAAUUUCUAUGUUUGAAAAGGGGAAGGCACCUAAGAUUGUCAAUCUAAGAGAAAUACAAGAUGACAUGCAGACCUUAUAUAUAAACACAGCAGCUGAUAGUUUUGAGUUCAAGGCUCAUGUUGAAGCUGACGGUGUAGUGGAAGGUGUCAUUCGAUAUCACCCCUUUCUAUAUGACAAAGAAACUUACCCUGAUGACCCCUGCUUUCCAUCAAAAUUAAAAGAUGAUGAAGAAGAUGAUGAUUGCUUCAUACUUGAUAAAGCAGCAAGAGGGAAAAGGCCCAUUUUUGAAUGUUUUUGGAAUGGCCGACUGAUACCAUAUACAUCUGUUGAAGACUUUGACUGGUGUGCACCUCCUAAGAAGAGAGGCCUUGCACCCAUUGAGUGUUACAAUAGGAUAUCUGGAGCUCUGUUCACUAAUGACAAAUUCCAGGUCAGCACAAAUAAACUGACUUUUAUGGAUCUUGAGCUAAAACUGAAAGACAAGAACACCCUUUUUACAAGGAUUUUAAAUGGACAGGAGCAACGAAUGAAAAUUGACAGAGAAUUUGCUUUAUGGCUGAAGGACUGUCAUGAAAAGUAUGACAAGCAAAUAAAAUUUACAAUUUUCAAAGGAAUAGUUACACGUCCUGAUCUUCCUUCUAAAAAGCAGGGCCCCUGGGCAACGUACACAGCAAUAGAAUGGGAUGGAAAAAUAUAUAAAGCAGGACAGCUGGUCAAGACAAUCAAGACACUUCCUCUGUAUUAUGGAAGCAUUGUACGGUUUUUCCUCUAUGGCGACCAUGAUGGAGACGUCUAUGCUACUGGAGGAGAGGUGCAGAUCGCGAUGGAACCUCAGGCACUCUAUGAUGAAAUGAGAACAGUGCCGAUUGCAAAGCUGGAUAGAACAGUAGCUGAGAAAACUGUAAGAAAGUACGUAGAAGAUGAGAUGGCAAGGCUCCCCGACAGACUGUCAGUGACGUGGCCUGAAGGAGACGAGCUGUCGCCAAAUGAGACCAGGCCUGCGGGGACCCCCAUCGGUGCAUUAAGAAUUGAAAUACUGAAUAAAAAGGGGGAAGCCAUGCAAAAACUUCCAGGAACGAGUCACGGAGGGUCAAAGAAGCUCCUGGUCGAACUCAAAGUUGUAUUGCAUUCUUCAAGUGGAAAUAAAGAAAUCAUUUCACAUAUUAGUCAACAUGGAGGAAAAUGGCCUUACUGGUUUAAAAAAAUGGAAAAUAUUCAAAAGUUAGGGAAUUAUACAUUGAAAUUACAAGUUGUAUUGAAUGAAAGCAACGCCGACACUUAUGCUGGAAGACCUCUACCUUCUAGAGCAAUUAAGUUUUCAGUUAAAGAGGGUAAACCAGAGAAAUUUUCAUUUGGUCUCCUGGAUCCUCCUUUUCGUGUUGGAGUGCCAUUCAAUAUUCCUCUGGAGUUUCAGGAUGAAUUUGGUCAUACUAGUCAACUAGUAAGUGAUAUUCAGCCAGUGCUCGAAGCAAGUGGUUUAUCUUUACAUUAUGAAGAAAUAACAAAAGGACCAAAUUCUAUGAUUCGUGGAGUUACAGCUAAGGGCCCUGUAAAUUCUUGUCAAGGCAAGAAUUUUAAUCUGAAGGUUAUUUUGCCGGGUUUAAAAGAAGAAUCACAGAUUUUGAAGAUUAGAUUGCUACCAGGCCCCCCUCGUCGUUUGAAAGUGAAACCUGACUCUGAAAUCUUAGUCAUAGAAAAUGGGACAGCUUUCCCAUUUCAGGUAGAAGUUUUGGAUGAGUCAGACAAUAUAACAUCACAGUCCAAAUUAAUUGUUCAUUGUAAGUUUUCAGGCGCUCCGGACCUUCCGCUGUACGUUGUGGACUGCAGUAGUUCUGGGACCAGUAUCUUGUCGGGCCCUGCGAUUCACGUUCAGAACAUUAAGAAAGAUCACAUGCUUAAAGCAAAAAUUGAAAUACCUAGCUGUAAAGAUGUGGCAGCAGUGGAGAAAACUAUUAAAUUGCUUCCUAGUAGCCAUGUUGCUAGACUGCAGAUAUUCAGUGUGGAAGGGCAAAAGGCGAUCCAGAUCAAACAUCAAGAUGAGGUUAACUGGAUAGCAGGCGAUAUCAUGCGUAAUCUUAUCUUCCAAAUGUAUGACGAAGGAGAGAGAGAAAUACACAUAACAUCAGCUUUAGCAGAGAAAAUCAAAGUUAAUUGGACUCCUGAAAUCAACAAAGAACACCUGCUCCAGGGUCUGCUUCCUGAUGUGCAAGUGCCGACAUCUGUAAAAGAUAUGCGCUACUGCCAGGUGUCCUUCCAGGAUGACCAUGUGUCUUUGGAAAGUGCAUUCACAGUCAGACCCCUUCCUGACGAUCCUAAGCAUCUAAAAUGUGAGUUGAAAGGAGGAAAAACAAUACAAAUGGGGCAAGAGCUUGACGGAGAAAUAGUGAUAAUAGUUACAGAUCAGUAUGGAAAUCAGAUUCAAGCAUUUUCACCAACUUCUUUAUCUGCCUUGUCAAUUGCUGGGACUGGACUUGAUAGCUCACAUUUGAAAACUGCUUUCCAGGAAAGCACGCACAGUAUAAAUGUGAGAGGAGUCAGAUUUAUUCCUGGUCCUCCUGGAAAUAAAGAUCUUUGUUUUACCUGGCGUGAGUUUUCUGACUUCCUUCGAGUGCAGCUGGUGCCUGGACCACCUGCUAAACUCCUCCUCGUGGACUGGCCAGAGCUGAAGGAGUCCAUUCCAGUAAUAAAUGGACGCGAACUGCUGCAUCCUCUCGUUGUUCAACUCUGUGAUCAGUGGGACAAUCCAGCCCCUGUUCCGCAAGUCAAGAUAAGUCUCAUAAAGCACAGCCAUGUAAAGCUCAGUCCUUCAAAUCAACAACAUAAAACAGACGAAAGAGGCCGAGCUAAUUUGGGAGUAUUCAGUGUCUGUGCCCCUAGAGGCGAGCAUACUAUACAGGUUAAAGCUACCUAUAACAAGACUACCAUAGAUGGACCUGUCAUUAAGUUAAUGAUUCUUCCAGAUCCUGCAAAGCCUGUUCAUCUCAAUGUUAAAUACGACAAAGACAUUUCCUUUUUAGCAGGAGAUGUUUUUACUGAUUUUAUGAUUACCGUUAUUUCUGAAGAUGACAGUGUCAUUAAAAAUAUUAAUCCAGCCCGUAUUUCUAUGAAAAUGUGGAAGCUGUCCAACAGUGGGAACCGGCCUCCAGCAAGUGCAGAGACAUUUAGUUGCAAUAAGAUAAAAGAUGAUGACAAGGAAGAAGGCUGCUUCUAUUUCAGGGAUAAAGCAAUUCCUAACAAAGUUGGGACAUACUGUAUCCAGUUUAGUUUCAUGGUGGACAAAACAAAUAUUCUUAACAGUGAACAGGUUAUCGUUGAUGUUCUACCUAAUCUACCUGUAAAGUUAGUUCCUGAAAUCCAACCAGCUACACCAGCUGUUUCAAACGUUCGCUCGGUUGCCAGCAGGACGUUGGUCAGAGAUUUACAUCUUAAUAUCACGGAUGUCUACAACAACCAGACUGGAAUUGAUUUGGUUGGCACGGUAAUAGCUACCAUCAAAGGUUCUAACGAGGAUGAUAAUGAUACACCACUCUUUGUUGGGAAAGUCAGAACGCUUGAAUUUCCCUUUGUGAAAGGGUCAGCUAACAUCACGAGUCUAGUGCUGGCAGAAAACAGCCCUGGGAAGGACAGUACCGAAUAUUUCAUUGUAUUUGAGCCCCGACUGCCAGCUUUGUCAAGAAAAGUAGAGUCAUAUCUUCUUCCAUUUAUGUUUUACAAUGAUGUUAAGAAACAGCAACAAAUGGCAGCACUUACAAAGGAAAAGGACCAAUUAUCCAAAUCGAUCAUUAUGUAUAGAAGCUUAUUUGAGGCCAGCAAGCAGCUUGUUGAUGAAAUGAAGUGUCAAGUUGAAGAAGCGAAAUCAAAAGAGGCUCAGCUGCGCAGUGAGCUCAAAGCACAUAAUAUUGACGUUCCUGCAGCACCACAGAUACCACACAUUGAAACACUCUUGAAAAGAAAACUGUCAGAGCAGGAAGAGCUAAAGAAAAAGCCCAGAAGAUCAUGUACUCUUCCAAACUAUACGAAAGGCAGUGGUGAUAUUUUGGGGAAGAUAGCACAUCUAGCACAGAUCGAAGAUGAUAAAGCCGCCAUGGUUAUUUCUUGGCAUCUGGCGAGUGACAUGGACUGCGUUGUCACCCUGACCACGGAUGCUGCCCGCCGCAUCUAUGACGAGACCCAGGGGCGCCAGCAGGUGUUACCACUCGACUCUAUUUACAAGAAGACGCUUCCAGAUUGGAAAAGACCUCUACCUCACUACCGAAAUGGAAAAUUACAUUUUAAACCCAUCGGAGAUCCGGUCUUUGCCCGAGAUUUACUGACAUUUCCAGAUAACGUGGAACAUUGUCAAACAGUGUUUGGGAUGCUGUUAGGAGACACCAUUAUAUUGGAUAAUUUGGAUGCUGCCAAUCAUUAUAGAAAAGAGGUUGUUAAGCUCACACAUUGUCCUACACUGCUCACUAGAGACGGAGACCGCAUUCGAAGUAACGGGAAGUUUGGGGGCCUGCAGAACAAAGCUCCUCCAAUGGACAAGCUUCGAGGAAUGGUAUUUGGAGCACCAGUGCCAAAACAGUGCCUGGUCAUCGGGGAACAGAUAGACCUCCUUCAGCAGUACCGCACUGCUGUGUGCAGGCUGAGCACUGUGAACAAGGACCUCAGCGGGCAGAUCGAGUACCUCCACACUCCUGACAUGAAGAGGAAGAAGCAGGAGCUCGACGAGCAGGUGAAGAGCCUGAAACUCAUCGAGCAGAAACUAGGGAUGACCCCCACACGUAAAUCUAGUGAGUCGCUACGUCACCCAACGAAAGUUGAAGUGGCAGACUGUCCCAUUCCUCCUAAAAGAAUGAGAAGAGAAACCACAAGACAAAACAGGAUAAUAACCAAAACAGACGUGUGACUGUGACAGCAGAGAGUGCCACUGGUCUCACUAAGAACACCUGCCUUCUGCACCUGUUUGAGAAGACCUAGCAGCUCCAGCCAGACGACUCUUUCUAGAGACAAUAUAAGUAACUGGACAUGCAUCUUCAUGUCUGCCCACACAAGACUAGCAGCAGGCACUCAUGAAUUUGCUGGAGGCAUUCCAGCCUUUCGUUUGUCAUCUUGCAGACGUGUCAGAAGAAAACACACAGAUAUGGCAGUGACUGUCAAACCGACGCAUAACUUUUAUAAAAUCUGAAAGAGCAUAUGUACUAUUUUUUCAGUAUGACUAUCAUGGAUAUACCACAACUUCUUCUUAACAUUUUUAUUUUUGUGUGAAUUUAUUUAACAGGCCUGUUUUGUUUUUUGAUUCAAAGGAACAUUCUAGAGGCUAGGUAUUUAAGUGUAAAUAUGUGAGGAGAGUUAAUGAAGAAUUCAGAACAAAAAUAGAAAAAAAAGCACACAGGUAUCUGAGAAGAUUUGGAAAACAGCAAGUGAGUGGGCUUGUUAUAGCUGUAGCAUUUUAAAUUUCUCCAGACUAAUCCUGUGUGUGUGUGUGUAUAUAUAUAUAUAUAUAUAUAUAUGCAGCAGUAAUUUUUAUAAGUAUUGUUUGACUAUUAAUACUAGAUUCUAUAGUAUCAGCCUUAAUUCUACAUUUACAUUAUUUUGUAAUUUUAUGACUAUUUUUAAAUAGUCAUAAAAGAAGUCUCACACUCCCACAUUAAUGCAAUAAGGACCUGCUAGAAAAUUGCUAUGAGGACUUGUCGUGUGUAUAAUUGAAGCUAAUGUAUGUCAACAUGUGUCUUUCUGUAAGUUCAAGGCUGUUGGCCUGUAAAAUUAUUUUGUAAGGAAUACUUUUGGUACAGUUCUGUCACAGGAAAUGUGUGUUUUUUAAUCAUUUCUGAAAAAACAGUGAAGUUAAUAAAGAGGGUUGUUUCUUGCUAGUAAA